AUGUCUACCCGCAAGAGAAAGCAAGAAGACGAGGAGGAUGAGCUCGUCUCGCUCCCUGAGGAGUCUGAUGGCGAAGAAGAACCCGAAUACAUUUCCUCUGAGGACGGCGAAGACUAUGACGAUGAGGAGGACGAGGACGAAGAUGCCGAGGCUGAGGGCGAAGACGCCCAAGAUGACGACGCCAACGGCCAAGAUACGCGCCCCGAAAACGUACUGACAUUUCCCACUAACGCAUUUGAAGACGAUGCGCCGCCUGUAAAGAAGCGAAAGACGGCCCCUGCAGGCGACGAGGAAGAGGAAGGCGGAGACGACCUCGAGAUUGAGGACGAGGUCGGCGCCGAGGGCGAGGAAGAGGACCCGCCCGAGGAGGAAGACGGUGAUGAAGUCGCCGACGACACCAAGGCUACCAAUGGCAGCGCCGACAAGGCUGCCGUCAAGGAUGUCGAUACCGCCGCCACCGACGACAACCAGACGGCAGCCGUCGCUGCCGAUGGCGACGACGACGACGAAGAGUAG